GAUUAUCACUGUCUCUAUAUGGUCAAUUGAUUAUGAAUUUUCAUCUGAAGUUUGUUGAUUCGAUUGUUUUGCUUUGGUUAUUGUUAUUGAUUGAAUGAUUGUUGUUAUAAUCUAUUUUUCUUGAUGGGUAAAAGUUUUGUUUAUAUGGGGUCAGUUCAUAAUAGAUACAUAAACUCUUUUGGUUGUUGCGACAAAAAUAUAAAAAAUUUUCUGUACCUGAGACAGAAAAUUUUGUACCAUUUUCUGUCUCUCCCUCUUAUAUUUUGUCUUCCCAAUCAUCAGAAUUAAGGAAACAAGAGUACAAGGUACAAUCAUGGAGUUUUUUUAUUUUGACUUUUGUUGGAUUCAAUUCAUUAAGUGGGGACUAAACAAGUUAUGAUUUUUUAGCCUGUCAUUUUGUAGAGAAUCAAUAAAAGUAAAUUUGUUCGGAGGUGUUAGUUUAGCUUUGUGUUUGUUUCAAUCAAGGUGUGAUUAGUGAUCAUGAUGAUUUUCGUUACCUUGGUAUGUAUGGGCUUUGUUUCUUGUUAAUUUGCUAUGUCUUUUUUAUGCCUAUGCAACUUGGUGACUCUUAUAAUUUGUGUAACUUCCUAUCUUUUGAAAUCCUCUAGGGUUCUUUGUAAAUUCUUUGCUCAUGGAGCAUGUCUGAAAGGGGAGCAUUGUGAAUAUUCUCAUGACUGGAAUGAUCCUCCGAAUUUGAUAUGCACAUUUUAUCAGAAAGGAGUCUGUGCUUAUGGUAGUCGUUGCAGAUAUGAUCAUGUCAAAGUUUCUCGACCACAAUCCUCGACGGCUUCUUCCUCAAUAACUGAACAACGGCCCCUGGUUUCAGAUGAUGUUGUAUUUGGUAAUACUGGAAUUACAUCAAAUGGUAUUGCUGCAGCUCCCGAGUUUUCUCCUUCCAGAAGUCCUUCCCUUAUUCCCAGCAUACCUGCUUGGAAUCAAGAACAGCAGCAGUAUCAUGAAUUUGUAGGGGACGAUGAUGUUGGUCAAUCUAGAAUUACUUCACCUGCUGAGAUUCCAAUCUGUUCAUUUGCUGCGGCUGGCAAUUGUCCACGAGGGGAAACUUGUCCUCAUAUCCAUGGAGAUUUGUGUAGUACUUGUGGAAAACACUGCUUGCAUCCUUUUCGACCUGAGGAAAGAGCAGAACAUAUGAAGAGUUGUGAAAAUAAGCAAAAGCAUCUUGAGGCAUUGAAACGUAGUCAAGAAAUUGAAUGCAGUGUGUGCCUUGAGCGUGUUCUUUCAAAGCCUACUGCAGCAGAACGAAAGUUUGGGCUGUUAUCUGAAUGUGACCAUCCGUUCUGCAUAUCAUGUAUUAGAAAUUGGCGUAGUAGCAACCCAACAUUGGGGAUGGAUGUCAAUAGUACAUUGAGGGCAUGUCCUAUCUGUCGCAAGCUAUCUUACUUUGUCAUUCCAAGUGUCAUUUGGUAUUCUACACAUGAAGAAAAAAUGGAAAUCGUUGACAGCUACAAGGCAAAGCUCAAGUCCAUAGAUUGCAAACAUUUUGACUUUGGCGAUGGGAACUGUCCUUUCGGAACCAGUUGUUUCUACAAGCAUGCAUAUAGAGAUGGUCGUCUUGAGGAGGUAGUUCUGCGACAUCUUGGAGCUGCAGAUGGCGAUACAGUGAUUGCCAAAGAUAUCAGGCUGUCAGAUUUCCUAGCUAGCAUGCAUUUACAAUGAAGGUGGUGCUCAUAUGUUUUAGGGAUACUUCCAUAAAAAUGGCAUGCUUCAAUGUCAAAGGUUUUUUAGUGUUGCAAGUCGAACAACUUUUGUUCUAUGUGAAGUACCUGAUAAAAAGGCGGUGGUGCAUUCUUUGUUGUAAUAAAGGCAUAUGUUAAAUGAUAUAUGGACAUACAUGCUUUUACAAGGGUGUAGUCUUCAACAUUAUAAAUCAAAGUAUGUAUUGAUGGGGUUAUACAUUAUGCAUUGUGAUGAGGUUUCCCUGUCAUCAUUAUUGAGAUGAUGAGAUGUGUAUUGCAUAAUGGAUUUUCCUCCGGGGUGACAUUGCACCAAGUGCCUUGGGAAAAGGGAUAUAUGGUUUCAUUUGAAUUUUAGAAUUAAAACUGUAAUAUUUAUAAUAAUUUUGAUUUUGUUUUCAAUUUCAAUUAUUUUAAAA